AUGGCGGUGCGGAUGAUCGUUGCCCUCGUGUUCCCACUGAAGCUCGCCGCCGGCACGUCACGGUGGACUUCGGAAAACGAGAGCGAGGAAUUAGCGGCAGAUGUUCGGAGCUCGAGCAAGACAUUCUCAACUCUUCAAGCAAUCAACCGAUCUUCGCGGGUUGUGGAUCUGAUGUUGAGCAGGAACAUCUCUGUGGAGGAGAUAAUUAAACAAACGAUUGCGCACCGGGAGCGCGAGAACGGCACACUUGCUGAUUUGCAUCGUCAGAAGAAUCUGUUAGAGCAGGACGAGAAGAUUCGAUCAGAGAAAGAGGCGGCUCUGCGGAGAGCCACUGCAAAGGCAUCCUUGGCUUCCGCUGCCCGCAAGCAGGCAAAGCAGGCCUGUGAAGGUGCGAAGCACACCGUCAUCGGCAAGGUGGCAACAAAGCAGAAUGCAGAGGCAGCUCUGGAGGACGCGAAGCGCCACCUGGAGGACGUCGUCCAGGACACCUUGUCUUCGGACGUCCUCGCAGCGAAUAGCGACUUGAUUCACAGGACGGCGAAGCUCAAGGCUGCAGAGGAGGAGCUGGCGCAAGCGGAGAGCAACAAGACCGCCAGAGCCACAGCCUUGACCGAGGCAAUCGCGAGGAGCAGCCGCUUAGAAGCUCGGCGACAGGAGGCGCAGGAGGCCUUCGCCAGCGCCAGCGCCGAGGUCACGUCUGUCGCGGGCACGCUCGGGGAGAUCCGCAAGGAAGCCCGCCCUGCGUUGAGCAGGGUCGAGAAGCUGAACCAGAGUUUGGAAGAGCAGACGAGCGUCGUGGAGGCUCUGAGAUCCCAGAGCGCGUCCCUGCACGAGAAGCUUGACGCCGCACAGAAGAAAUACACGGAGCUUCAGGAGGUGCUCAAGGAGGACUCGGGUUGCAAACAUGAUCUCCAACAAGCCGAGGCACGUGUCCGACAUGCGUCGACUUCUUACAACUUGACGAUCGCCGCGUACCAAGCAUCGCCGCAUGACCCGAACUUGCUCGGCUCGGCAUGGGAUUCCAUCGACGAGCUGGAGAAUGCCACGUACCAGAAGUACCUGAGGCAGAAGGCCUGUGCCCCAGAGGGCGUAGACAUUCCGCCGCGGACCCCGCCGGCCCCGUGCGGGAAGGACACGGGAGGCACCUGCCGUGUCCUCUGGUGUGACGCGUCCCGUGGAGCCUACUGUGACUGGACCUACGCGUGCCUCUGCGCGGGUGCCACGUGUGCCAGAGACGGCGUCUGCCGCCCGCGCGGCCCGCCGGCCACAGCUCCGGCGGAGGCGGCGGCGCUCGGGAGGGCCGCCGCCCGGCAGGCCCCCACGGCAGCCCCAGAGCCGGACAGCCUGGAGGUUCGCAUCUGGCCCGCUAUCCUCGGCACGGUCGCUGCGGCUGCAGUCGGGGUGCUGGGCGUCGUCGUGCAGAAGCGGCGCGCCCGCGGGCGGGUGGUCCUGCCUCCCUACCUCGGGUGA